UUACUUUCUGCAGUUGUGGAGGCAAAAGACGGUACCAUCUCCGUGGCGUCUGCAUUUCCCGGUCACCAAGAUGUUGUGCAGGACAGAGACCACAAAUUCUUGACACAAGCAGUGGAAGAAGCUUACAAAGGAGUUGACUGUGGAGAUGGAGGUCCAUUUGGCGCGGUCGUUGUUAGGAAUGAUGAAGUUGUAGUGAGUUGUCACAACAUGGUUUUGAGAAACACUGAUCCUACUGCCCACGCAGAAGUCGCUGCUAUAAGAGAGGCUUGCAAAAAGCUCAAUCAAAUUGAGCUCGCAGACUGUGAAAUCUAUGCAUC